CCACAGUUUUCCACAUUGCAUUGUUUUUUUGUUCUGUGUAGGCAGACAAGAAGAAGGAUAUUCGACUGGAAGCAUGGUUACAUAAUCAGAGGGAGCUCUGAAUGUGAUUCACGUAUUUUAAGCAGGAUAUCUGGAUGCUACACAUAACAUUAACAAUCAUGAUGUUAACCUCACUAAGCAAAGCAAUAUUGCUCAGCUUUGUUAUAAAUUGUUUUGAUAUGUUUGACUUUGGGCAUGCAAGACCAAUACAAAAAGUCCCAAACUUGAUUCUUAUUUCUGUGGAUGGGAUGCGCUUUGAUUAUCUACAAAGCAUCCGUAAUGAUCAGCUCCCAAGUUUUGCAUAUUUUAAAAAUCAUGGCUCAUCUGUGAAGUACGUCAGAAAUGUUUUUCCAUCAGUUACAUAUCCAAACCACAUGUCAAUUAUCAGCGGUUUAUAUCCUGAAAGCCAUGGAGUAGUUCAUAAUGUUUUUGCAGAUGAAUUUCUAAAUGAUACAUUCCAUUACGAUUAUUUUUUCCAAAACUUUGAUUCCCGCUGGUUUGACAAUGGUGAAGACGUGAUCUAUGUGACAAACAAGAAAGGUAGUGGUACCAGAGAUACUGGAUCAGCUUUGUGGCCCACUGGAUUGACAAUAAUCAAAGGGAUCCAACCAAGAACCAUAGGAAGAGCAUUCUCUGGAAAUAUGUCCUUGUCUUACAGACAAAGAGUAGACUACAUAAUAGAUUGGUUUACAGACGAAAAAAGACCUGUCAAUCUUGGUUUGUUAUAUUUUGAUGAGCCAGAUGAAGCUGGACAUAAAUUUGGAGCAGAGAGUCCAGAGAUCACAAAAGCAAUCAAGAGAGUUGAUGCAGCACUUGGGUAUUUGAUAAAGAGACUAAAUGAGACCGACUUAUUAAGGAGUACUAAUAUUAUUCUGACUGCGGAUCAUGGGAUGAUUUCAACUGAAAAAGGAUUAGUUAAUAUUGAUACCUGCAUUGACAGCAAAUGGUACACCUCAAACCGUGACCAUGAUACUGUGCUUUUUAUAUAUCCAAAAGAAGGAUUUCAUGCUAAGAUUUUGGAUGGUCUACAGAGAUGCAGUAAUAUCUAUGUAUACACAAAAGAAAGUGAACAGUUGAAAAAUAUGCAUCUUCAAAAUAAUUACAGAGUACCCCCUAUAGUACUGGAAGCCAAAGCUGGAUAUUAUAUUGUUACAAAUCGAACCCCUAAAGAUUACAAUCCAAAGGGUGGUCAUGGAUAUGAUCCUGAGAAAGUUCAAGAAAUGCGGCCAUUCUUUAUGGCAUCAGGUCCUUCAUUCAAAUCCAACUUUACACAUAUCAAUCCUAUUCAUAUUGUUGAUAUUUAUCCCUUGAUGUGUGAAAUACUGAAGCUGAAACCAGCGCCCAACAACGGGUCACUGCAUGAAAUCAGGGAACUUCUGAUCUCGCCUCCAGCGGAGCAACCCGCCAAUUUUAAAGAGAAACUGUUUGAAACAACAGGAAUAACAUUUUUUGUGAUCAUUGUUCUUUCCACUUUGGUGGGGGGCAUCUACUGCAUCGGAGCCAUUCGCCAGAGUCGCAUCACCGCUAGAAAGAGGAGAGUUUUUGGAAGAGUGACCUCCUCUCUUCGGGAUUUUCCAGCGGCCAAAGCAUUGCUACAAUCUGAUGAAGAUGAAGGCAGCGAUGAUUUAUAAAACAACAUAAAGAGGAAGGUAGCGAUGAUUUAUAAAACAACAUAAAGAGGAAGGUAGUGAUGAUUUAUAAGAUGAAA